AUGAGGCAUGAGGGGGUUCCUGGGCAGCCGGCUGGAUUUGGCGCUAGAGAUGCUGAAGGGUCUGCAGGUCUGACAGAGUUUCAGGUUGGUCAGCAAUUUCUGGAUAAAGAAGAGGCCCUGUUAAGUGUUAAGACUUACAGCAUCCGUCGAGGGGUACAGUACAAGGUCGUGGAGUCUGACUAUCGCCGGGCUGAUGCAUCCGUCAGCAUCAAGGUGCUCCUAAAUGCCACCGCCGCACACUUUGGGUUUAGGCCGACUUACAGGAGGGUCUGGUUGGCGAAGCAAAAGGCUGUUGCCCUCAUCUAUGGUGACUGGGAUGAGUCGUACAACGAGCUCCCAAGUUGGACGAUUCUCGAGCUUAUUAGUAUUGACGGCACCCAUCUGUAUGGCAAGUAUGGGGGAACCUUGCUAGUCGCGAUUGCACAGGACGGAAACUCCAACAUACUCCCUGUUGCAUUCGCAUUAGUCAAGGGUGAGAAUACUGAGUCGUGGUCCUUCUUUCUCUCCCACCUGCGUGAGCAUGUGACACCGCAGCCGGGUCUGUUGGUUAUCUCGGACAGGCAUAACGGCAUCAAGGCUGCGCUUGAGGCUCCUGACGGAGGUUGGUUGCCUCCGUCUGCAUACCGGGCAUUCUGCAUUCGACAUGUUGCGGCAAAUUUCGCCCUCACCUUCAAGGGCAAAGAUGCAAGGAGGUUACUUGUGAAUGCGGCGUACGCUAAGACCGAGGUCGAGUUCCAUGACUGGUUUGAUAUUCUUAGGUCCGAAGACCCGACGAUGUGUGACUGGGCGAACCAGAUUGAGUAUUUGUUGUGGACACAGCAUUGUGAUGAGGGGCGUAGAUUCGGACACAUGACGACGAAUAUAUCUGAGUGUGUGAACUCUAUCCUCAAGGGUGUCAGAAAGCUUCCUAUGUGCUCGCUAGUGAAGGCAACAUACGGAAGGUUGGCCAAAUUAUUUGUUCGCAAAGGGAGAGAGGCUGAGGCGCAGAUGGGAAUCGGACAACAAUUUAGUCAGCACUCGGUGAAGUGUAUAGAGGCCAACUUGAAGACGGCUAGGUGCUUCACGGUUACUGUGUACGAUAGGGAUAACUCCGAGUUCACCGUCGUAGAGACAACUCCGACUGGUUCUUUCUCACUGGGUAGCUACAGAGUCUCACUUACAUCUCACACAUGUGACUACGGAUACUUCCAGGCACUUUAUUUCCCGUGUCCCCACGCACUGGCAUGUUGUGCCUACUCACGGCUUACUUAG